GAUUUAAUUUAUUUUUAAACAGUAUACAUAUUGCAUGAUGUCACGAAGGCAAACAAGAGGAGGAUUAGGAUUGUUGCUUUUGGGAUCUCAAGUCUUGCAAAUUGGUGUGGAUCAAAUUCCUCCUAUUACUCUAGCAACUUUAGUACUUAAUGUUGCUGUAUUUCUUCAACUUUUCCCAUUUAUGUCAACUGUUGAAAAAGCAUGUACAAGCAAUUUCAAUGUUUUUCAUAAGGGAGAAUGGCCACGAUUGAUUUAUUCUUCUUUCUAUCACUUAGAUGAUAUGCAUUUAUACUUUAACAUGGUGUCAUUUAUAUGGAAAGGAAGAAAUUUAGAAAGACGUAUGAAAAGAAGUCAAUACUUAGUUUUGUUAGCAUUAUUUUCAGUUUUAACACAGGUUGUUAUGCUGUUAUUAAAUUCAAUAUUAUCAUUUAUUUUUACUAACGAUGUUUACUUACAUAGUUGUGCUGCAGGAUUCUCAGCUGUUAUAUUUGCCCUGAAAGUUUUAACAACUCAUAACUCUAUUGAUUAUGAGACAGUUAUGGGAAUUGUGGUUCCUUCUAGAUAUGCAUGUUGGGCAGAAUUAGUUUUGAUUCAAAUAAUGGUGCCUAAUGUUUCAUUUACAGGUCACUUGGCUGGUAUUUUGGUUGGGCUUAUGUAUAUUUUUGGCCCUCUCAAAUGGAUUGUGAAAUCAGUAACUAAGUUUUUAGAAGGGAAAUAUUUUACCCAGAGUUCACCUCAGUAUGAAUACAGAAGUACUUCUACAAGAACAAACACGACAAACUAUGAAAACAUUCAAAACACAAUACGAAACGAUGAAGAUGAAGACCUUCAAAGAGCUAUACAAAAUAGUUUGAAAGAUUUCAACUUCCAAAGUCCUCAACCUCCAUCUAGUUAUCAAAAUCCACCUUCAUAUGGAUGGAAUAUACAGAGCUCAUCAAAUAUACAACCAACCGCCCCAUUCUUUGAAACAUUUGAUAAUAGUAAUAGAGAUUUGCCCUACCCAUCUAAUGAGUAUAAUUUUACUUCAACAAAUUUGACUUCACAUGAUAUGCCGCCUGACUCGAUUGCGACUAGUAAAAGUUCUUUAAACAUAAAUGUAAGAGAAGCAAGAUUAAGAAAGUUUGAGAAGCAAAAAAAUAAAUAAUUUAAUAACAUUUCUUAUUUUGUAAAUUGUUAAUGCAAAUAAAUUUCAUAAAAAGUUUGAUAGAAAACUAUAAAUUGUCCAGAA